ACCACACAGCUUAACAUGUCAGUCACUGAUCCCACGGCUUGGGCUACAGCUAUGAAUAAUCUAGGGAUGGUUCCAGUAGGACUAGCAGGACAACAGCUUGUGACAGAUUCAAUCUGUGUACCAGGCUUUGAUCCAAGCCUUAGCAUGAUGACUGGAAUCACUCCGAUUAACCCAAUGAUACCAGGCAUGGGGUUAGUGCCACCACCACCACCAACAGAUGUGCCUGUAGUCAAAGAAAUAAUUCACUGCAAAAGCUGCACACUCUUUCCUCCAAACCCAAAUCUUCCGCCACCUUCAACAAGAGAGAGACCUCCUGGGUGUAAAACAGUGUUUGUUGGAGGAUUACCAGAAAACGCAACGGAGGAAAUCAUUCAGGAAGUCUUUGAGCAGUGUGGAGAUAUAACAGCAAUUCGGAAAAGCAAGAAGAAUUUUUGUCACAUUCGUUUUGCAGAGGAGUUCAUGGUUGAUAAAGCCAUUUACCUUUCUGGUUACCGCAUGAGAUUAGGAUCUAGCACAGACAAAAAGGAUUCAGGUCGACUUCAUGUUGAUUUUGCUCAGGCAAGAGAUGACUUUUAUGAAUGGGAAUGCAAACAAAGAAUGUUGGCCAGAGAAGAACGCCACAGACGCAAAAUGGAAGAAGACAGACUGCGCCCUCCUUCACCUCCGGCAAUAAUGCAUUAUUCUGAACACGAAGCUGCUUUGUUGGCUGAAAAAUUGAAAGAUGAUAGCAAGUUUUCCGAGGCCAUCACGGUGCUGCUCACCUGGAUUGAGCGGGGCGAGGUGAAUCGUCGCUCUGCAAACCAGUUCUAUUCCAUGGUGCAGUCGGCCAACAGCCAUGUCCGCCGGCUCAUGAACGAAAAGGCAGCUCACGAGCAAGAAAUGGAGCAAGCCAAGGAGAGUUUCAAAAAUGCCUUAACAGGGAUCCUCACUCAAUUUGAGCAGAUUGUCGCCGUUUUCAACGCUUCUACCAGACAAAAAGCUUGGGACCAUUUCUCGAAAGCCCAGCGAAAGAACAUAGACAUUUGGCGAAAGCAUUCUGAGGAGCUCCGAAAUGCUCACAGUGAACAGCUCAUGGGAAUCCGCCGGGAAGAGGAGAUGGAAAUGUCCGAUGAUGACAGUGGUGACAAUCCCAGUAAAAAGCUGAGAGUAGAUGAUUCAGCUCUAGCUGCCCAAGCAUAUGCACUAAAGGAAGAGAACGAUAGUCUUCGAUGGCAGCUGGAUGCAUAUAGGAACGAAGUGGAGCUCCUGAAGCAGGAGAAAGGACAGCUCUUUCGAACAGAAGAAAGCCUUACAAAGGACCAGCAGCUGCAGUUCCUACAGCAGACAAUGCAAGGCAUGCAGCAGCAAUUGCUGAGCAUACAGGAAGAAUUAAAUAACAAAAAAUCUGAACUGGAGCAAGCAAAGGAAGAGCAAACACAUACACAAGCGAUGCUUAAAGUCCUGCAGGAACAGUUAAAAAGCACCAAGGAAUUAGCAGAAAUCAAUGGGCAUGAUGAAUCUCAAGCAAAUGAAAUCAAUGUAUUGACAGUAGCACUGGUCAACCAGGACAGAGAAAAAAACUCAGAGAAACGAAGCCCCGGUCUAAAAUCAGAGAAAGAGGCACUAUUAAUAGGUAUCAUAUCCACAUUUCUUCACGUCCACCCUUUUGGAGCCAAUAUAGAGUAUCUUUGGUCUUAUAUGCAGCAGUUGGACUCUAGGAUCUCUGCAAAUGAGAUAGAAAUGCUUUUGAUGAGACUGCCACGCAUGUUUAAACAAGAAUUCACUGGUGUAGGAGCAACACUGGAAAAGAGGUGGAAGUUUUGUGCCUUUGAAGGAAUUAAAACUGUCUGA